CAGUCUUUGCUUUAUGGUCGUCUCUAUCACUCCCGGGCAAUACUUCCAGAAAAAGCGGGGUCUCGCCAACGGGAUCGUCUACGCAGGCGGAGGACUCGGCGGCGCAGUCACCUCCUUCCUCAUCGACGCGCUGCUGAGCUCCCUCGGCCCCGCCUGGACCUUCCGCAUCCUCGGCAUCCUGACGCUCACGACAGGCCUGCCCGCGGCGUGGUUUGUGAAAGAGCGCACGCGGAUCCGCACCAACACGUUCAUCGACUGGGCGCUCUUCCGCGACCCACGCUUCAUCACGCUCUUCCUCGCCGGCGCGGUCGGCACCUUCCCGCUCUUCGUCCCGCCGUUCUUCC